AUGACUGACCAGGAUCUCUUUCCCCAGUGGAACUCCUCAGAGAAGCCGGGGGAAGAAUAUGUGACUCUCAGAUUUGAACCUGUUUCAGAAGGAACUGAAGAACAACAGUGGGCUGCUAACGAACCAAGCACAUCAGCUUUACCAAAAACCUCUGCUAAGGUGACCAAACGAAAAAGAAGUGUAAAAGAAGGAAAAGCUUCCCGUUCACAAAAGAAUGCACAAAGCAAUGACAAACCUCGGAAGAAGGUUCCAAUUCCUCCAUUACCUUCUAAACUGCCAGCGAUUAACCUGAUUCAUCGAGACAUUUUGCGAGCCUGGUGCCACGAAUUAAAGCUGAGCACCAAAGGCCAGAAAUUAGAUGCAUAUAAACGACUCUGUGAACAUGCUUACCCAAAUCAAAAGAAUAUUCCUGCUACAGCAAAGGAAGCCAGGAUCCGAACACCACAACAAAAAAAAUCAAAUGUGGCUAAGGAGAAAACACCUGUGAAGAAUUCUAAGAAGAAGAUGUGUUCUCAGGAGACUAAUCCUCCUGAAGUGGCUUGUCCUCCUGAGGAGGGGGCACCUGCCCUUGACUCUACUACCCUAGAUGGAGUUAAUACGGUUGUGGUGACAACUUCAGCCCAAGAGGCUGUGUUGGCCUCCUGGACAAGAAUUGCAGGCAGGGCUGGGAAGGUGGACACGGUGGAAUUGCCACAACAGGACUGUGAUGUCAGGUGGUGUGUAGUGCACGGGAGAAGUCUCCCUGCAAACACGGAUGGCUGGGUCCAACUGCAGUUUCACGCUGGACAAGUCUGGGUCCCUGAAAAACCAGGGAGAGUGAGUGCCCUCUUCCUGUUGCCUGCCUGCAAUUUCCCACCUCCACACCUGGAAGACAAUAUGUUGUGCCCAAAAUGUGUUCAAAGGAACAAGGUAUUAAUGAAAAGCCUCCAGUGA